UAGUGCAUGUUCCAGAUCAGACUAAAUCGAAGUCUUUGUGGUGCUGCUGACUGUCUCUCGCUAAGCCAAUGAGACUUUGAUUGAGGCAACAGGUAGUUAAUGUGUUACAGGGCAGAGGUGCAACCUUCAGCAGACAUUUGUUCAGCUCUUGUGACUCGGUCACGGGAAACACAGGAAGCACAGGAGAGGAGAACAGGGCUUCGUGAGCAGUUUAGUUUCAGUGUCUGAAGCUGAGUUGUUUUGUUGGUUUGGACUUAGACACAGAGCUGCGAUGGCUGACACAAACUCUCAGUCACCGGCCGAUGGCUCGACUGCCAAGUUCGACCAGGUGCAGGGUCAGGUGAACGAGGUUAAAGUUAUUCUGACUGACAACAUCAAUAAAGUGCUGGAGAGGGGGGACAGACUCGAUGAGCUGGUCAGGAAGACUGACGACAUGCAGGCGUCUGCCGACUCAUUCCAGAAAACAUCCACACGUGUGGCCAGGAAAUACUGGUGGAAAAACAUCAAACUGAUGAUUAUAAUCGGCAUCAUUGUGCUGAUCAUAGUUAUCCUAAUCAUCCUCUUUGCCACUAAAGUCAUAUAAAUCUUUACAGGCUCAGGACUGAAAGCAAUGAAGAUAGUGGCUAUAGUUCACUAUAACAGCCGACAUAUAUUGAGUAAAUGAAUUCGAUUUCUCCAGAAUGAUUGUCUCAGCUCUAAGAAGGACGCGUUUGUAUGUAUGCGUAAAUAUCUGCAUUUGUUUUCUCUGCAAAAUCAUCAGAUGUAAAGAUUAAAUUCAGAACAGUUAAACAGUUCAAAUUGUAAUCACGUUUGCUGAAAUAUUUCCUUUAACACUCCAUGUGAUGACAUACUAAUAUUUCACACAGGACCAUGAAUCCAAAUAAGUGUUUAUUAUUUUAUUUGUCACAUUUCUUUAUGUCCAAGACACUGUGUGUGUAUAUAUAUAUAUAUAUAUAUACUGUAUGUUAAUGACUGUCAAACUCUGUAAUAAAUGUAAUAUAUGA